AUGUCGAAUUUUAACGUCACUCCGCCGCAACCCCGGCCAGCAAGAUCAAGACCACCAUUGGGUUCCCCGGCUUCAGCUGCGCCGCUCAAUCGCGCCACCUCAUCGACAGCACGCCCAUAUCACGAUGCCAUUGUGUCUGAACUUUGCACACUUGACACUUUUCAAAAUGACUUCAACACGAACGACUUUAUUGCUCAGCUCACCUCAAAGCUUGUUCAGCGCUCCAAGGCAGAUCCGGGCCCUUUCAACCCGAGACCCUUUAUUCGAACUUUCGAGGCGGCCAUGGAUCAGCUUGCACAGAUUCGCGCGCAAGUUGAUGCCCAAUCUCAGCAGCUUUCGUCGGCAGUGCAUGUGGCCGAGUCAGCAUAUACAAAAAAGCUGGACGAGCUCUCGAAGAAUUUUGUAGCCGUGGGCAAUUCUUUCAACAGCCUCGAAGACCGUAUCUCUGAAGUCGGUAGGACUGCGAUUCGCAUCGGCGAACAGCUCGAGACGAUCGACAAGCAACGGAAUCGAGCUAGCGAAGCACACGACCUCAUCGAAUUCUACUACAUGUUUGCCCGAGGAGACACCACGAAACUCGAGCAUCUGCGCAAGGAAGGGGGUCGCGAGGGUCGAAUCAAGACGGCAGUCAUUGCACGCCGCCUGGCUGCCAUCAGUCGCGAGGUGGAUGUGGCAGGAGCAGAACAGACCCGCGACUCGAUUGAUCGCUACUGUGAACGGUUCGAGCGCGACAUGCUUAAGCUUUUUGACAAAUUUUACCGCAGGUCAGAUCCAAAGAUGAUGUCACACAUUGCAAAAGUGCUGCAAGGAUUCAAUGGUGGUGCGAGCUGCGUUCAGAUCUACGUCAAUCAGCACGACUUUUUUAUCUCUAAGGAUCGCGUUGGUGAGGCCAAUGGCAUCGAGCUCAGUCAAAUAUGGACUCACAUGGCCGACCCUGAUCAUGCACCACCAAAGUCUGAGCCGUCUCUUACGGCACUCUUCAACGAAAUCCGGCAGACGGUUGAGAUCGAAGCGCAAAUCAUCUCGGCAGUCUUUCCCAAUCCGUUGGUGGUUAUGCAGACCUUUUUACAGCGUGUGUUCGCGCAGUCAGUCCAGGGAUUUGUCGAGGUUAUCAUGGACAAAGCCGCCGACAUCAAUGCACCUAGCUUUGUCGGCGCAGGCGGCAACAUUGACACGAAAACAGCAGCACUCGAGCUUAAUCCUCCUUCCAACUCGCAGCCUACAACCUCGCAUCUCGCGUUUCUCCGGGCGCUCCAUAUGGCUCGAUCCAGUGCACUCAGUCUUGUCAAUGAUCUCAAGUUGUAUGAUUACCGGGGCGCUGGCAUCAUCGGGCCAGCGUAUGCAUCAGCCCACACUGCAAACGGAGACGGCGUGGUCUCAGACUCGAUCAGACUUCUUGGCAACGAUUUUGCCGCUGGCGCUAGUCAGCUAGCCGGCGCAUCUGCGAGCCCUUUGGCGACCAUGUUAGACCAGUCGGUAGAAGAGCUCUUUGUGCCAUACAUGGAAGGCAUCCGCUACAUCGACCGAGAGUCGCGCAGCUUGGCGGAUCUAUACGCAGGCCUGCUUUUCAAGUUCAUCAGCUUCCAUCGCACAUCAGCUGCUGCCAAAAGAGACAAGGCGUCUGGAAAUACCAUCUUCAACCGCAUGCGUAACCAGAUCACAGCCACUUCCGACGCCUCGUCCUCGACCUCAAGUCUCGGCGGAAGCUCGAACACCGCGCAGACGAGCACAGCCGCUAGCUCUACCGUGUCGACAUCCAAGACAUCGUUCUUCAAGCUCUCGAACCUAGCGGAUCGCGUUCGUGGUACUCACAACACCGCUGCUACUAGCAGCACUCUAUCCGUUACCGCAGGCAGCACAGCGACUGCAUCAGCAGAGUCCAGUGUCGAUGGUCAACAUGUUGCAGGCGGCGCGCACGUCGAGGAUGAGCUUGACGACACUGACGGCGACCUGUCGCUCGACAUUGCUGAAAAAAUGUUGCGGUGGCAUGCCGAGUCCAUCGGCCGCUGUGUUGACCUCAGCUCGCCAUCUGAAGUGCCCAAAGCGACGUUUGCGCUGCUACGAGUGCUUACCUCGGCAUACAUCAAAACGUAUGUUGAGACCGCUCUGGACUCGGCUUUGGCCGCAGUCACUGCACAAGAUAUUCGUGGAGCAGUCAUGCCGGAUCCAUCGGCUGCCAUGUCGGUGGUGCGUUCUGUCGAGCUUCUUAUCUCUCUUUGGCAGCACUACGUCAAUACUGCGUUGCUGCCACUUGCAAGUACCAGUGUCACUUCACGCCGAGAGAUGAUGAUCUUCAAUAAUCACAAUCUGCUUCGUGUCGAAGGAAAAUGCGAUGCGUUGAUGCAAAAGAUCGCCGAUAAUGUGGUUGGGUUCCUCUCGAACCGACUCAGUACGCAAAGGAAGAACGACUUUACGCCUAAGAACGACGAUCUCGCUUUUGCGCGACAGAACACCGAGCCUUGUGUUGCUUGCUCCGAGGCGCUGGAAAAGGUGCAGCAAGCGGCGAGGGUCCAUCUGAGCCUGUCGUCGAGUCGAAUGGUUUCGUCUACCAGUGGCAGCAUCAACGUUCGUGGAUCUCCAGGGCCUGUACAGCGUCCUGGAUCGAGUCGUGCUAUCCGCGGAGCAGCGUCGAUAGAUACCGAUGAAGCUGUUGCACGCGUGAGCUGGAACGCAAACAAUCCGAGAGCCGAUGCGGAUGCAGCUGACGACGAUGACGAUGACCAACAUGGUCGUAGCCACCUUUCUCGCAACGCAGAAUCGUUCCUCACGGAAAUCGGUGUAGCUUUUCACGGUCUCCUGCUCGAGCACCUGCGCAAGUACACAGUUAGCGCUACAGGCGGCAUCAUGCUGACCAAAGAUCUGGCAGUGUAUCAAGACGCGAUUGGAACGUUUGGCAUCCCGGUCCUGUCGGAUCGAUUCGAAAUGCUUCGACAGCUCGGCAACCUGUUUAUCGUCCAAGCCUCGGUUCUCAAGUCAUACAUGCGAGAGGGACAUCUCGCCAAGAUCGACGAGAGACUCCUGCGUCCGUAUCUGCUGAGAAGAGCAGACUACGCGAAAGAGGUGAGAGACUUGGAUGAUGGGCCUGCACCGACAACGCCAACUGCUGCGACGGCGGGAGCGGCCAAUCCGUUUGGUGUGGGCAAGGACGUUUUCGCAACAGCGCCAGGAGGUCAUGAUUUGUUCGGCCACUUGCCGGGCUUGAUUGGUAGAACAAGUGCUGCGGGAGGUGUUGGUACGGCAUCAGCAUCUGCGUCAUCAGUGGGUAAGACAACGGAGGAAGUACGAUUGCAAAGGCUGGGAGAGGUUUUGGCUCAUUUGGAGAGCUUCAAGCUUGACGCCGUGGUCAAACGUGGCAAGGAGGAGCAACACACCAGUGCAUCGUCAGCUGCCGCUCGCAAAUAG